AUGCGAACGCAGCCGGCGGAUGGGUCGUAUCAUCAUUUUACAAGGACAAUGCGGGACGAAAAUGAUCUGGAGAUUGAGACCGAGAAGGUAUGAGAUUGAGAUAUUGUUUUUUCUGGAUUUUAGGAGGAUUAUGAAGGAUCAUCGUCAAAAAAUAUUAUCUAUACAUAAAAUUAGAUGUUUUUCGUUGAAAUUUGAUGUUUCAGCGGGCGAACAUGCGACAUCAGCUCGAUUCCAUGAUUAUGCUGGUGUUUACCGCCAUGUUUGUGGUAAUUGUGGUCACGGCAUGGUUCUUCAAACAUUAUAAAAUCCGAUUUCUCCAUGAAAGUGGGGUGACCUUGAUCUAUGGUCUAAUUCUUGGCCUGAUUCUGCGCUACACCGAGUUCGGCACCAUCGAAAGUCAGACGUUGGAGGUCCGUCCACAGAAUGGAAGCAAUAUUUAUGUGCCUCCCGACUAUUUACGGCUUCAAGUUAGCAAGCCAAACUCGAAUGACACCAUGCACUUUCAUUACGAGAUGGCCGCUGGAUUUUACUCUGAUACGGACCUGAAAGAGCGGCAUAUGGAGAGAAAGGUGGGCUUAAGAGAAGGCUCAGGACCUCCUCUUUCUAAUAAAUGACAGUUUGACAUCAAACUUUUUAAAUUUCAGACAGUAUUCUCGCCCGAAAUAUUCUUCAAUGUUCUCCUCCCGCCGGUGAUUUUCAACGCCGGUUACAGCUUGAAGAAACGCCAUUUCUUCCGGAAUAUUGGAUCCAUCCUGUCCUUUGUCUUCAUUGGCUGCACGUUGUCCAGCAUCUUCACUUCGUAGGCUCAUUUGCAUUUUUUUAUGAGCAGUUUUAUAUUACACAUGAGGAAAAGUAAUGUUUUGUUUUUAGCUUGAUUAUGUUCAUGUUCUCAUGGGUGUUCCGACUUGGAUUCACGUUUAUUGAGCUUCUUUUCUUUGGAGCUGUGAUCUCGGCUACUGAUCCGGGUGGGUUUAUCAUUUUUUUUUUGAGUUUUUCUUGGUUUAGGUGACAUUGAAGGAAAUUUGGAUGAAAAUUGGAACUUUGAUGGUCUAGGGUGUUAUAAGUAGCAGAGUGAUGUCCGAUGAGCUCUUUUGGCGGAGUUUGAUAGUAGUUUAGGCGAUAAAAUUUUACUUUUUUUGAAUCUCUUGCCAUGGUGAAUAUAAUUUUUUGCCGUGAAGUCCCAAAUUUUGAUUUUAUAUUGGUCCAUGAUGAAGGAAAUGCGCCUUUUUGCGUAUUUAAAUAUUUUUAAAAUGAUUUUUUUUCACAAAAAUUUGCGUUUUUACUGAUACUUUUUCUAAAAUUAAAUUUUUAGUCACUGUUCUCGCCGUCUUCUCCGAAAUGAAUGUGGAUGUUGAUUUGUAUGCUCUGGUGUUCGGAGAGAGCGCGCUGAACGACGCUGUGGCCAUUGUUUUGUCCGGCAUUGUGGACCAUUUCACCUCGCACACCGCCGUCUUCGCCGUGUCCGAUCUUUUCGCGGCGUGCGCCGAGUUCGGCUACGUCUUUUUCGGCUCGCUGUUCCUGGGCUGCUUCGUGGGCUGCACGAACGCGUUGAUCACCAAAUUCACCGACAUCAACGAUCACCCUUUACUGGAGAGCGCCCUCUUUAUUUUGGUGUCUUACAUCUCAUUUUUACUCGCCGAAGUGGUCCAUUUCACCGGAAUUGUGGCCGUCCUCUUUUGUGGAAUCUGUCAAGCCCAUUAUACGUUUAAUAAUUUGUCGGAGGAGUCGCAGGCACGCACCAAACAGUUCUUUGAAGCCAUCUCUUUCCUGGCCGAAAGCUUCAUUUUCUUGUACAUUGGAGUGUCCCUGCCGACUUCAAGGGCGGAAUGGAGCAUCAUUUUUGUGGUUGUCGCGAUUGUGAGUUGAUUUGGAAGGCAGUUAGGCAAAAAUGCUCCACAUCGACCUCAAAUUUCAGGGUAAAAAUGCAAUUUUUUGACCUAAAGCAAUAUAAAAAUUGCUCUAAAAGUGAUUUUUUUUGUUAUUCCAAGGCUGUAUGACUCAAAACACCUUGAAACAUGUAAAAUCAAUAUCAUCUUCUGAAAAUCCCUUAAAAUUUAGUAAUCCCACUUCUUUCUCAAAAUAUCAUCAAAAAACACCUAAAAUAAUAUAAAAUUGCCUCUAAAAGCCUAAUUUUCCGACAUUUCUUGAGCCGACUAGCUGCCUCAUGCUCUAUACUUCAUAUCAAGCUAUUGUAAUUCCAAAAUUCCAUAUGAACUAAAGUAAUCCAACUUUUUUUUCAAAAAUUCCUAUAGACCAUCUAAACUAAUAUAAAACGCCUCAAAAAAGACGUCCUCAACCCAAUCCAAGCGGAGUUGGACGAUUGUGGGAAAAGACGAUUGGGGGAAAGUACGAUUGGGGAAACCGAAAAGUAUUAUUUUUGUUCGAUACAAGUGUAUGUUACGAUAAUCGAGGGUGCUGAUUUCGAAAAUGACACUCAUUUUUAAUUUCACACUUGCAUCAAAGAAUACUUUUCGGUUUCCCCAAUCAUACCUUUCCCCAAUCGUCUUUUUCCACAAUCGUCCAACCUCGCUUGGAUUGGGUUGAGGACGUCUUUUUCGAGGCGUCUUAUAUUAGUUUAUAUGGUCUAUGGGGAAUUUUGGGAAAAAGGUUGGAUUACCUUUGUGUCUAUGGAAUUUUGGAAUUAGAAUAGGUUCAUUAUGAAGCAUAGAGCAUGAGGCAGAUAAUUGGCCUAAGAAAUGUCGGAAAAUUGGGCUUUUAGAGCCGGUUUUAUAUUAUUUUAGGUGUUUUUUGAUGAUAUUUUGGGAAAAAGUGGGGUUACUUGAUUUUAAGGGAUUUUCAGAAAAUGAUAUUGAUUUUACAUGUAUUUCAAGGUAUCUAGAGUCAUACAGCCUUUGAAAAACUAGAGAAAAAAUUAAUUUUAGAGCAGUUUUUAUAUUGCUUUAGGUCAAAAAAUUGCAUUUUUACCCUGAAAUUUGAGGUCUAUGUGGAGAAUUUUUACCUAAGACAUAAUCUCCAUUGUCGUAUAUUCUGUUUCAAUAUCUGGUUUCCAGAUUGCCACCCAACUCUCGCGCGCCCUGUGGGUCUAUCCCCUCUGCACUGUGCUGAACAUGAAACGCAAGCCCAAAAUCGAACGAAACCACCAACACAUGAUCGUCUGGGCCGGCCUCCGAGGCGCCGUUCCCUUCGCUCUGGCGUCAAGGAACACGGCCACAGCACAUCGGCAGAUCAUGCAGUCCACGACAUCGAUCCUGGUCAUCUUCACGGUCCUCGUGAAUGGAGGCCUGGCCGGCUGGAUGAUCGAAAGGCUGGGCAUCAAACACGGCCAAAAUCAACCGCAGACCCCAACCGUGCCGGAGAGCGAUCAGGACGACGAUAUGAACAUCUUCAAUGGCAACCAGAGAAGGUCGGGCAGGAAUCCGUGGGAUAAGGCGUUUUUGCCGAGAAAGUGGUACAAUUUCGAUGCAGUGUAAGUGGAUUGAGUGAAAUAUGGGGCUUACAUAGCAUUUAUUUUGUUGUAUUUGUCAUCAAGACGCGAUUUUGAACGAUUUUGAGGACUUUCCCUGAUUUUCAGGGUUUUCGUGGUGGGACCCAAAAAUAUUAAAAUGAGCUGUAGAAAUGAGGUUUUGAACUGAAAUUGGUCUAUAUAGAAUUUAAAAGAAGCCUGUUGAUUUUUUUUCAAUUUUGACUCCAAGUUUUCGCUGUGGGACCAAAAAAAAUUGAAAAUGACCUAGUGUAAUAUAGUUCAGAAAAGUGAUAAAAAAUGGUUUAAUCCUGUGAUUUUCAGCUUCAUGAAGCCUCUCCUGACCAAUGCCAACCCCACACUAAUGGAGACCCUGCCCGGAUUCUGCGAACCGUUGGCCCGAUGCCUCACCACCGAGAAACAACUCCGCAAUGUACAGUCUUCUUGCGACAUUUAACGCUUUUCGCAAUAUUGUUUCCACUCUUCUGGUGUCCGCAGUAGCGUUGGCAAUAAUCGGCGCCGAGUGGUGCCGAUUUUUGCGACGAAAUUUCUAGUUUCCCGUGAUUUUCCGUAGAAUCUCUCGAUUUUCCGGCGUUUCUUCGAUUUUUUAUGCUUGUAGAUCAGUCGGCAGAGGGCUGGCUUUUUGUCAGCAUAUUCUCGGGCAUGUUAAAAUGCCCCAUGAACAGCUUUUACUUUGUGUUGGCGUCUGGUCUUUCCAGAAAUCGCUUUUUUCUAGUCUGAAAUUGGUUUUUUUAUAGUUUUUUUCAAUUUUUUGUACAAAAUAUGCAAAUUUUUUUGGGUUUCCCGAAAAUUUAUGCCAAAUGAGAGUGAAUUGGGCUAUGAACUUGCAGUUGAAAAUUUUUUGGAAAGGUUUUGGACGAGAUUUUUUUGAGAUUUUGACAUUUUUUGGCCUAAAAUAAGGUAAAAAAAUUCGGAGUGCAAAGCCCAAAAUUCCUCCCGAAUUCACUUAUUUUCGCAAUUUUUUUGUCGUGUUCUCCUCAUUUAAGCCAAUGGUAUUACGUUCCGAUGCCCAUACGCUUGACUCCUGUGAUCCGGAAUUGAUCUUCUAUCCCGAGUUUACUGUAUUAAACAGCUUUUAAUAAUAAUAUAAACUGCUAAAUCAAUCCUUUCUUUUUGCUUAUGGGAUUUCAAGAAUGUAAUACACGAUUUAUAGCGAGAACUGAAGCGCACCCAAGAAGUUCCAUCCAGCCUGGAGGAGGAGAGCAAAACCACGGAAUAA